UUAGGGGACGCUGGACUAUCCCAGAGACGCUGCUCCAGCCACUCCCUGCGACUGGCGGACCCUGCACUCUCAAGUCCAUCCAGAGCUCCAUUCAAAGUGCUGAGAUCCGGAUGAGAGCAACGUUCAGCCUCAUCCAGCACAGCAGAUACGAGUUCAACUUAAAGACAGCGGGGAAGGGCUUUAGGAGCCACGCCAGACUUCGGAGAGUCACCCCUGGGAUCCUACUUUUGUCCGUGGAGUGGAUUUAGAACAAGAGGGAGCAACCUUUGCAGAGAUAAAGAGGGGGGGACACCUGCAGCCAAAAUGGAGGUGAAGACGUCACUUUUAGACAACAUGAUUGGGGUCGGAGACAUGGUCCUCCUAGAACCUCUGAGUGAAGAUUCAUUCCUCGAGAACCUGAAGAAGCGCUUUGACCACAAUGAGAUCUAUACAUACAUUGGCAGUGUGGUGAUCUCCAUGAACCCCUACAGGUCCCUGCCUAUCUACACGCCAGACAAAGUGGAGGAGUAUCGCAACAGGAACUUUUAUGAGCUGAGUCCACACAUCUAUGCCUUGGCAGAUGAGGCCUACCGUUCACUGAGGGACCAGGACAAGGACCAGUGCAUCCUGAUCACUGGGGAGAGUGGGGCUGGGAAAACUGAGGCCAGUAAACUGGUGAUGUCAUAUGUGGCAGCGGUGUGUGGGAAGGGCCAGGAGGUGAAUAAGGUCAAGGAACAGCUGCUGCAGUCCAAUCCCGUGUUGGAGGCCUUUGGAAAUGCCAAAACAGUGAGGAAUGACAAUUCUUCCAGAUUUGGGAAGUACAUGGACAUUGAGUUUGACUUCAAAGGAGAUCCUCUGGGUGGAGUCAUCAGCAACUACCUGCUGGAGAAGUCACGUGUGGUGAAACAGCCAAGAGGAGAGAGGAACUUCCACAUCUUUUAUCAGCUCUUGUCUGGAGCCUCCGAAGACACACUUAAGAAGCUGAAGCUGGAUCGGGACUUCAGCAAGUACAACUACCUGAGUCUGGACUCUGCUGUGGUCAAUGGGCUGGAUGAUGCAGCCAACUUCAGGACAGUCCGAAAUGCCAUGCAGAUCGUGGGCUUCAUGGAGGACGAAAUGCAGUCCGUGCUGGAGCUGGUUGCGGCUGUGCUGAAGCUGGGCAACAUUGAGUUCAAGCCAGAGUCGCGCUGCAACGGCACCGAUGAGAGCCGCAUUAAAGACAAAAACGAUUUGAAAGAGAUGUGUGAGCUGCUGGGGAUCGAGCAGUCGGUGCUGGAAAGAGCAUUCAGCUACCGCACAGUGGAGGCUAAGCUGGAGAAAGUGUCCACUACCCUGAACGUGGCCCAGGCCUACUAUGCCCGAGAUGCCCUUGCCAAAAAUCUCUACAGUCGUCUGUUCAGCUGGCUAGUUACCAGGAUCAACGAAAGCAUUAAAGCACAAACUAAAGCUCGCCACAAGGUCAUGGGUGUGCUCGACAUCUACGGGUUUGAGAUUUUUGAGGAUGGAGAUAACAGCUUUGAGCAGUUCAUCAUCAACUACUGCAACGAGAAGUUGCAGCAGAUCUUCAUCGAGCUGACCUUGCGUGAGGAGCAGGAGGAGUACAUCAGAGAGGGAAUCGAGUGGACCAACAUUGAAUAUUUCAACAAUGCCAUUAUCUGCGAUCUCAUUGAGAAUAACAAAAAUGGCAUCCUGGCCAUGUUGGACGAGGAGUGCCUGAGACCAGGGACAGUGACGGAUGAGACCUUCCUUGACAAACUGAACACCGUCUGUGCUAAACAUCAGCACUUUGAGAGUCGCCUCAGCAAGAAUUCACGGUUCCUCACCGACCACAGCCUGCCGCACAGUUGCUUCCGCAUCCAGCAUUAUGCUGGCAAGGUGCUGUACCACGUUGAGGGCUUUGUAGACAAGAACAACGACCUGUUAUACCGCGACCUGUCACAGGCCAUGUACAAGGCCACCCACAGCCUCAUCAAACACCUGUUCCCUGAGGGCAACCCAGCCAAAGUCAAUCUGAAGAGACCACUAACUGCCGGCUUCCAGUUCAGAGCCUCAGUGGGUACGCUGAUGAAGAACCUGCAGACCAAGAACCCAAACUACAUCCGGUGCAUCAAGCCCAAUGACAAAAAGGCGUCCCACGUCUUCACAGAGUCUCUGGUCCGUCAUCAGGUGCGCUACCUGGGCCUGAUGGAGAAUGUCCGUGUGAGGAGAGCAGGCUACGCCUUCCGCCAGGCCUACGAGCCCUGUCUGGAACGCUACAAAAUGCUCUGCAAACGCACCUGGCCUCAUUGGAGAGGACCUGCCAGGGAAGGAGUGGAAGUGCUGAUGGCCGACCUCCAGGUCCCAGCAGACGAGUUUUCUUAUGGCCGCUCCAAGAUCUUCAUCAGGAACCCAAGAACGCUCUUCUUCUUGGAGGAGAGGAGAAGGCAAUGCCUGCAUGACCUGGCCACACUCAUUCAGAAGAUCUACCGUGGCUGGAAGUGCCGUACCCACUUCCUGUUGCUGAAGAAGAGUCAAAUAGUGGUGUCAGCGUGGUACCGCAGAUAUGCGCAACAAAAGAAAUACCAGAAAAUCAAGAGCGCCACCACUGUGGUGCAGUCCUACAUCAGAGGAUGGCAGGCCCGCAAAGUCCUGAGAGAGCUGAAAUAUCAGAAGAGAUGUAAAGAGGCAGUGACCACCAUCGCAGCCUACUGGCACGGCACACAGGCUCGGAUGGAGCUGAGACGUCUAAAACAAGAAGUGCGGAAUAAACAUGCUGUGACAGUAAUUUGGGCAUACUGGCAGGGAACCAAGGCCCGCAGAGAGCUGCGUCAGCUGAAGGAGGAGGCGAGGAAUAAACAUGCCGUAUCGGUCAUUUGGGCCGGCUGGCAGGGCACCAAGGCUCGCAGGGAGCUGAGGAGGCUGAAGGAAGAGGCCAGGCGUAAGCAUGCUGUCGCUGUGAUUUGGGCCUACUGGCAGGGACUCAAGGUCCGCAGAGAGUACAGGAAAUUCUUCAGGGCAAAUGCCGGCAAGAAGAUCUAUGGUUUCGUCAUCCAGAGAAUUAUGCAAAAAUACUUCCUGGGCCUGAAGAACAACAUGCCCCCCUUGUCACCCAUCGACAAGAACUGGCCCGCUAGGCCUUACCGCUUCCUGGAUGAAGCCCACAAAGAGCUGCGGAGAAUCUUCCAUCACUGGAGGUGCAAGAAAUACAGGAGCCAAUUCACAGAGGAGAAGAAGGCAGUUUAUGAGGAGAAGCUGGAGGCAAGCAAGAUCUUCAAAGAUAAAAAGGCUCUGUACCCAAGCAGCGUCAGACAGCCCUUCAAAGGAGACUACCUGGAGAUCAGCAAGAACCCAAAAUAUCAGAAACUCAACAAUGCUGUGGAAGAGAAGGUUCUGCUGGCUGAUGUGGUCAACAAGAUCAACAGGGCCAAUGGCAAGGGCACCGCUCGAAUCUUCCUGCUGACCAAGAAGAACGUAGUCCUGGCUGACCAAAAGACGGGCCAGGUGAAGGCCAGCGUUCCUCUGCCGGAUCUCGCCAGUGUGUCGGUCAGCACACAGAACGAUGGCUUCUUUGCUCUCAGGCUCAAAGAGGGGUCGGCCUCAGCCAUCAAAGGAGACUUCUUGCUCAGCAGUGAACAUCUGAUUGAGAUCAUCACUAAACUCCACCGCACCGGGGCCACGGCUGCAGACAGGGAGCAGCUCAACAUUGACAUCUCUGAUGAGUUUCUGGUACAGUUCAAGCAGGACAAAGUGUGCGUGAAAUUCAUCCAGUGUGCCCCCAGGAAUGGCAAUAGUGUGUCCUGCAAGCGUAAGAACAACCGCCUGCUGGAGGUGCUGGUGCCUUCAACGGCAUAGUGCAGCUCCCUCGCUGGACCUCCAGUGCUGCUCCCGAGUGAUCAGAUGGCGGCCGAUUUUUAAACACCGAACUACCACCCACUCAGCAACCUCUUGUCUCCAGAACCAUCACCCCAGUGCCCACCCUGAGCCCGCAAACGAGAGUGCAGUUAUUUGGCUUAUUGUGUUAUUGUUGUUCUUCUUCCCUUCAUUCUCUUCUUAUCAGAUUUACUAUGGCACCACUAUAGCUGUAACCAUGUGCCAUGUUUUUUGGCAACGAAAGCCCUUAUCUGGGUUGCAUGCCACAGACAUUUGGUAAAAUGUUUCACUGGUGUUUUGUAAAGCUGGGGUAAAAGUUGGAUGAAAAGAAAAAAAAAAAAAACUUUUGGGAGCGCACAAGAGACUUCUGUAUACCAGUGGUGACGCUGAUCAUGAUUGUUCUGCCUAUAUGA